AUGCUCGGCAAAAUCGCUCUCGAAGAAGCCUUCGCGCUCCCCAGAUUUGCCGAGAAAACAAAAUGGUGGGCGGGAAUGUUCUCCACCAACACAGAAGAGCACACAGCCCAAAUCAACGACGUGGGCCCCAUCCGUCUAGACUUCGCCGAUAAGCACGGCGUCGGUCUCCAAAUCCUCAGCUAUACCGCGCCCGGCGUGCAGGAUAUCUGGGAUGCGAAAGACGCCCAGGCGCUCGCGAUCGAAAUCAACGAUUACAUCGCCGAGAAGGUGAAAGCGCACCCGGACCGCUUUGCCGCCUUUGCGACGCUAUCCAUGCACGACCCACAAGAAGCGGCGGACGAGCUGCGACGCUGCGUCACGCAGCACGGCUUCCUCGGUGCACUGGUCAACGAUACGCAGCGCGCGGGCGAAGACGGCGAGGAUAUGAUCUUCUACGACAAUGAGAAGUGGGACGUGUUCUGGUCUACAUGCACGGAGCUGGACGUGCCGCUGUACCUGCACCCGCGCAACCCCACUGGCUCGAUCUACGAGAAGCUGUGGGCUGAUCGGAAGUGGUUGAUUGGGCCGCCGCUAUCGUUUGCGCAGGGCGUUAGUCUGCAUGUUCUUGGGAUGGUGACGAAUGGGACGUUUGAUCGGAACCCGAAGUUGCAGGUCAUUCUGGGACAUUUGGGGGAGCACAUUCCGUUUGAUAUGUGGAGGAUUAAUCACUGGUUUGAGGAUCGGAAGAAGAUGCUGGGGCUGCAGGAGACGUGUAAGAGGACUAUUCGUGAGUAUUUUGCGGAUAAUUUGUGGAUUACUACGUCGGGCCAUUUCUCGACUACUACGUUGAACUUCUGUAUGGCGGAGGUUGGGGCGGAUCGGAUUCUGUUCUCGAUUGAUUAUCCCUUCGAGACUUUUGGGGAUGCGUGUGAAUGGUUUGAUGCGGCGGAGAUGUCCAAUACGGAUCGUGUGAAGAUUGGGAGGGAGAAUGCUAAGAAGCUGUUUAAGCUGGGAGCUUAUAAGGAUAGUGAGGCUUAG